UCCCAGGAGCUAUUUAUUUAUCCUCCUCUUCGGGGACACCUGGGUCACCAGGAGGAGGACCUGACUCUGAUAGGAAGACGUGUGCCAGCCGAGGAGCUGCCGUAGCUGCGCGUUUCCCCUCCUGAGGGUGAUGUGCUGCCACGCCGGCCACGCUGCAGACAAUUUGUCCAUGCUGCAGACAAUUUGUCCACGCUGCCGUACUCUUUUCCCAAAUCCCCGAGAGCUAAUUGAUCCACCCUGUUAGUUAAUUGAUUUAUAGCUAUUAGAGACUAUAAUUAACCGACCAGCUGGAGAGCUGUGUGUUAUCUGCCCGGUGGGAGCAGCGCUGAGAGGCAGCCAGCUCCAGCGGGCCACGAGCUGCCCCAUCCCUGUUAGCAGCACUGCUCGUUUGGCAUCUCUGAAGGAUUUUGCUCUGCUUCGGGCUUUGGGCUUUUCCUUUUAUCUCCUCCUUUCCUAAGGUUUGGCUCAGCAAACUCACUCCGAGUCUCCCUACUCCCCCGUCUCUCCUCCUACCCUCCUACAAGGUCACAAACUUGCGUUUACGCUCUGAGUUUGCAUUGCUGGGCAGACCAGUUUGGACCAGCUCGUUAUCAACGCGUUCCCAGCCCCCAGCCAAACCCACAGCUACUGUCAGACCUGAGACGAAGCAGAUGUUCAUUAAGCAUCAGGAAAGCCAUGCAUCUCGUUACGCGCCUGGGCGAGGUGCCUGUGCCUAGCACUGACACAUCUGCCCGGCGCUAACAAACCGGGGGACGCCAUUCCCAGUGGAAAUGCAGCCGGAGAGGGAUGAGGAGAGGCUGUAGGCGCCCCGGCGGAGCCGCUUUGUGCCUGGCCGCACCAGGAAGGGGUGCCUCGACCGGCGGCAGCCUCGGGAAGGCCUCGGAGCUGCCGCGGGCUCCGUGCCUGGCGCUGCGUGGGGGGCUGGCCAUGCUGCGAGCAGGCCACGAGCCCAGCGGCGGUGCCGGGAGGUGAGCGGCCCCGGCGCCACGUCGUCCCCGGGCGGCUCUCGGCGAACCUCUCGCUGCUCCCGGCGUCCGCAGAGCAGGAAGCUGUCCCCAAGCCGAUGGUGACGUCCGUCCUGCGGGACGCGUUCUCCCACACCUCUCCCUCCGCAGCUGAGCGCCGCUGACCUGCCGAGGGCCUUCUCUUUGUAAGGGCAGAGGCCAGGGCGACGUGCCGGCAAGAUGUUCUCCAACAAGUGCCACAGGAGGGGGCUCCCCGCCGCCCCCUGGGAGCCCGGUCCGUGGCAGCCCAGACCCCACGCUCCCAGCCCCCAGGACAACUGGUACGAGCCGCCCUGGGAGCACCAGCCCUGGAGAGGCGGGCAUAACAGGCACCCGCCCGGUCCCCGGCACCCCCGGCCUUUCCCCGGCCCCGCCGACUUCCAUAGGAUGGAGGAGGACAGGAGAUGGGCACCGCAGGACUGUCCCCGUCCGCCACCCCCCUGGGACUACAGAGAAGAGUACCAAAGACCCGAGGAAGACUUUACCGAGGACUCGUACCCGGUGCCGCCGCUGUUUGCCCCGGGCUGCUUCACCUGGUCUGAGUUCCCCAGCGAGGAGCAGCACCCCGCCAACUUCCCAUGGGAGCAAGGAGCCUUCCAGGAAGGCUGCCCGCCCUGGCGCUCUCGUGGCCUGCGCCGGAAACGCUGCCGACUCCUUCGCCAUGUCCAGCAAGAGAUGUCAGCGUACCACAGCCCGGCCUCUCCCCAGAUCUUCAAAGGGAAGCACGCGUCCUCCAAGUCCUCCCAGUCCUGCCCCCAGGAGAGCCAGCCAGGAGGCAAGGAAGAGCCGCAGCGCCCCGAUGCUCCCCAGCCAGCUAGCGCCUGCAAAGACAGCGUGCGGAGCUGGGGGCAGGUGGAUGAGGGCCUGCCGGCAGCGAGCGGAGAGGUGUCGGAGCCCCCCGGGCCAGCAGCCUCCCUGCAGAAGAGCCCAGCCACUGAUCCUCAGGCUGCGGAGCAGGAGCCAGUGGCAGAAGCAAAGCUGGUCGAGCCAGAAGACGGGCAGAAAGCUGCAGGCAGCCAGGGCCAGGGCCCCUCUGCUUUGGAAACGGAGCCAGUCCUGCCAGAGAACACCUGUACCGGGAAGGAGGAGGACUUUGAGCAGGUAGAGCCGUGCAGCCAAAGUGCCCCCGAGGCCGGAGCAGGUGCUGGGUCACCACCCCACAGCCCCUCAGCCCCUCCGGAGCCUGCUGAGACGGGCAGCGCCGCAGCUAGCCCGGGUGCGGAGGUCUCACCGGGAGCUACUGUGGAGCCCGAUGCGCAGCCCAGCCAGGCCAGCUCCGACGUCUGCACCGAGCCAGCAGCGUCACCUGGGACAGGGCACCCUCCUGUGGGUGGGACGGAGCUGGCUGCAGGCUGCCAGCCCUCGCUCUGCUCCACGCUCUCCGCGCCCUCCCCGGCCAGCACAGACCUGCGCUCCGCCGCUGUCCUUGCCAGGAAAGAGGAGAUCGAGCUGUCCUACCAGCAGUUCAGCCUGACCAUCGCCGUGGUGGCCACGAUGCUGCUGCAGAAGGAGCCCUCCAUGGAGGCGGCGCUGGGGCUGGCGCUGAGGGCCAACCUGCGCCAGGUGCGCACCCACCACCUCCAGGAGCUGGAGGACUUCAUCGACAGCUACGACUCCAGCACCCCCAGCCCCUGAGCCGGGGGCGAAGGUGCGGAGCCCCCGUCUCGGGGUGGGUGCGGUCCCUCCGUCCCUCCUGGAGGUGGAAGGGGCGCUGCUGAUUUCGGGGAGCGGCCAGAAAUUGGCGUUUGCAGCAGGUAAUGGGGGCACGGGCAGAUUGUCCCCACCCUGGGGUAAGGGACGAGCCCUACCCGGACCUGAAUUUGCAAGAAAAGAAGGAGCUGGUUUUACUGGAGGGUGGCAGGAGGGAGAGCAGCUGGGGCAGGGGCGAAGGGAGGGCUCCCCCCUUCUAAGAGCUCCUUGCUCCCUUCUUGUGGUUUUGCGCUGCUCCCUUAAACCCCGGGCUUUGGUCUUGUUUUUUAAAAAAUAAAAAUGAAUGAGCUUUGGUCCUCGCA